GGAGACAGGCCAUCUGGUUGGAGAUAUGUGUAACACACCGACUUACAGUGACCUAGGAAAGGCCGCCAAAGAUGUCUUUAACAAAGGAUAUGGGUUUGGCAUGGUCAAAAUAGAUCUGAAAACCAAGUCUUGUAGUGGAGUGGAAUUUUCUACUUCUGGUCACGCUUACACUGAUACAGGAAAAGCGUCAGGCAACCUAGAAACCAAAUAUAAGAUCUGUAACUAUGGGCUUACCUUCACCCAAAAAUGGAACACAGACAAUACUCUUGGGACAGAAAUCUCUUUGGAGAAUAAGUUGGCUGAAGGGUUGAAAGUGACUCUUGAUACCAUAUUUGUACCGAACACAGGAAAGAAGAGUGGGAAAUUAAAGGCCUCUUAUAAGCAGGAUUGUUUCAGUUUUGGCAGUAAUGUUGAUAUAGAUUUUUCUGGACCAACCAUCUAUGGCUGGGCUGUGUUGGCCCUUGAAGGUUGGCUUGCUGGCUAUCAGAUGAGUUUUGACACAGCCAAAUCCAAACUGUCACAGAAUAAUUUCGCCCUUGGUUACAAAGCUGCAGACUUCCAGCUGCAUACCCAUGUGAAUGAUGGCACUGAAUUUGGGGGUUCUAUCUACCAGAAGGUUAAUGAGAAGAUCGAAACUUCAAUAAAUCUUGCUUGGACAGCUGGCAGUAACAACACCCGUUUUGGCAUUGCUGCUAAAUACAAGCUGGAUUGUAAAACUUCUCUAUCUGCUAAAGUAAAUAACACCAGCCUGAUUGGACUUGGCUAUACUCAGACCCUUCGACCAGGAGUCAAACUGACCCUAUUAGCUUUAAUCGAUGGAAAGAACUUCAAUGCAGGAGGUCACAAGGUUGGGUUGGGAUUCGAACUAGAGGCUUAAUAUGGUUUUGAGUAGAGUAUCAGAUUUGUCCCUGGAGAUGAAGAGAAGCGAACCUACUGUUUUGGCCUUAAAAUUCUUCUGUGAAAUUUCAAAA